GUUUUAGUACGUCCAACUGCAUGAAAAAGAAUUUUUAAGUUGUAUAUCAUGAAUUUAUACUCAGAGAUCAUUGUAAUUUUUUUGUUAAUACAAUUUACUACUUUUAAGUGUAGAAAAUUAAGCAUCGAACCCAAGAUUGGUAAAACUUAUUUAAAUAUUCCAUUAAGUCCUUGUUAUAAAUAUGGAGUUUAUUUUAAUGAAUUUUACGAAACAGUAAUGCCAAUAGCAAAUUUUAGCAGACACAAUCAAAGUAUUGAAGUUGCAACGUUUUAUAAUUCUGGAUUACUUGAUGAUAGAGGGCCAGAGGAAAUGGGUCAACUGAGUUAUGUGUACUUGCAGUAUAAUGAUAUAUCUCAAGAAGUGGAUGAGCAUUUUCGUGGACUUGGAAUUCUCAAUUACACUACUUGGAAUCCAAUUUUCAGACAAAAUCAGGGGCCUUUAGAAUACUAUUAUAAUCACUCAAUUUUAAUUCAAAAAAACAUGUAUUCAUUAUUGAAUGAUGAACAAACAAAGGAGCUAGCUAAACUGAGAUUUGAAUUUGCUAGUAAAACUGUUUUUACCGAAACUUUAGUCAAAGUAAAAAAUGUAUGGCCUCAAGCUACAUGGGGUGUCUUUGAUUAUCCCAAAUGUAAUUCAUUAUUUAACGAAGGUAACAACCAAUGUGAUAAAGACGUUAUGGAAGAUAAUGACAGAUUAUCUUGGCUUUGGGAUUUCGAAAUAGCUUUAUUCCCUUCCUUAUCUAUUCCAACAUACUUCAACAGAGAGACAAAACGAAAUUAUAUAAACGCACGUUUGAAUGAAGCUAAAAGAAUUGCAGACAAAUAUAUUCCUCCAUUAAACAUAGUUCCUCAUCUGUCAUUAAAUUAUCGGAAUGAUCCUGACAGAUUUUUGAGCUUUGUAGAGCUUUUUAUUAUAGUUGAAGAGAUUGUAAAAACAAAUGUAUCUGAUAAUAUAAUCAUUUGGGCAAGUGACCGGAAUAUAAACAGCAAAGAACGAUGUCAAAAUUACGCAUUUUAUUUAAGUAAUAAUCUAGCACCUAUUAUAAUUACUUUAUUAAAUUAGUUAAACAACUAAGAAUGAAGUUUUUUCAUA